AAUAUUACAAGGCUUUUAUCUUAUCAAACCCCAGUCUUCAAGUCAAGGUGAGCGCGCAUGUUCCCUCGCCUCACUCUUCCUGCGUCUCUGACAGCGUUGUCUUCACACUUCUCCCUCCCAGCGUCUGCGACAGCUGAAAACCUCAGGAAUGGCAGACAGCAGAGGUGGCGUUGUGAAGUCCUCGUGGUGGUGGUGUGUGGUGGUGCUGGCGGCGACGCUGACGGUGCUGCCCUGCCUCCUGGAGGGGGUCCAGGCGUCACCGGCAGGCCGCAACAAGAACCAGGUCGCCGAAGGAACCCGCUGCAUACUUGUGAAGUAAAGGCCGGCUCUCACCGUAAGUACCACAUGGAAGAGUAACGGUGCCACUUGUCUCGUUACAGUGUGUGGUCCUGGAGACUGUCCCACCUGUUACAUGGCGGACGCCAACGGUGUGUGUCGCAUCAUCUUCGGCUGCUCGCCCUGACCUCCUCGUCUGAUUCUUCCAAACGUUUCCUCCUCCUCUUACGCUCUCUCUUGUGCGUUUAUCUUCGGUUAGAUCAUUCUCUACGGGAAAUGCGAGAUCAUCUGAUGAACUAAAAGUAAUUUAUCAGGUGAUAUAUUAGUUUUAGUUCUAAAAAACUAAUAAUUAUUCAAUUGCCACUAAAACUAAUUUAUUCAAUUUUAUCUAUCCCCGACCGUCCUAGUGGUUGGGCACCAUUCAUCUUCCCCGUCCCAUCGAAAAUCCUUAUGCUCAUCCCUUCCAAGUGCUAUAUAGUCGUAAUGGUUUGGCGCUUUUCCCCUGAUAGUUUCAUUCCCUUCCAUUUUAUCUGAACCUCAGAGAAAGCCUAUUAUUUUUUUCUAUACUAGAGCAAGAGCGUAUAUGCAACACAGGAGAUUACUUUUGUAUGUUAAAAUCAGUGUCACUCUUCGGCAGAUUCUGAUAAAAUUAGUCUGCAACUACAAUGUCAAAAAUAAUCAACAUUUUCUUAUUCAUAUUUAGGUGAUUGACACUCGAUAAAAAUCAUUAAUAUUUGGUAUUAAGCGCCCAUAAAAAAUGGUGUAAUAGAUCGUUGACGUUAAAAAAUGGCUGAAGGCUUAUCAAAUUCUGUCAACAUUAAUGUUACUUUCAUUGCCUAUUUUAUUAAAUUCUGUAACAAUCGUUGCAAAUAAUGCAUAUUUUGCUUUGCUUUAUAUAUCGCAAUAUUAAUUUGUGAAACGCUCCAAGCCUUGGAAACGUCACAUCACAUCACGGUAUUUCCGGGGAAGCCCUUGGCGGCUCCCUGUAUUUAUAUGUGGGAGACUGCUCCAUACUUCAGC